GAGAGCGCCGCCCCUGUGGGGGGAGGGGGAAAGGAGGAGAUUUCAAACGCGGAUUGAGUCUUCUGGGUACCCGUAGAAGGGAACCGUGGACCGCCGGUCCCGGGCUUGGGGAGAGGUGGCAGUGCACUGAGUUGUUUUUGGGUGGGCCACGCGGCGGGCUUGCGCCGCUUGACGACGCGCGGAGCGGCUGGCGCAGUCAUGGCCGACUACUGGAAGUCACAGCCAAAGAAAUUCUGUGAUUACUGCAAGUGCUGGAUAGCAGACAAUAGGCCUAGUGUUGAAUUUCAUGAGAGGGGAAAGAAUCAUAAGGAAAAUGUGGCAAAGAGAAUCAGUGAGAUUAAACAAAAGAGCCUGGAUAAGGCAAAAGAAGAAGAAAAGGCAUCAAAGGAGUUUGCUGCAAUGGAAGCAGCUGCCCUGAAAGCAUACCAAGAAGAUUUGAAAAGGCUUGGCUUAGAGUCAGAUACCUCAGUGCCAAGCGUGUCACCAGUACCCAGCACUACCCCACCUCCCCCUGCAUCAAAUCAACCGAAAGAAAAGAAGAAGAAAAAAAAAGAUCCUUCAAAGGGUAGAUGGGUAGAAGGUGUAACCUCUGAGGGUUACUGUUACUAUUAUGAUCUUAUCACAGGAGCAUCUCAAUGGGAGAAACCUGAAGGCUUUCAAGGAAAUUUAAAAAAGACAGCAGCAAAAGCCAUUUGGGUAGAAGGUUUAAGUGAGGAUGGUUAUAGCUAUUACUAUAAUACAGAAACAGGAGAAUCCAAAUGGGAAAAACCUGAUGAUUUCAUUCCACACACUGGUAGUAUGCCUUCUAGUAAGGUUGAUGAAAAGCCAGUUGGCACCUUAGAAGAAUCUGAAUCAUCAGAUAGUAAAUCCGAUGGAGAACAAGACUCAAAAGGAGAAGUCUCUACAGAAACAAAACAGCUAAAAAUAAAAUUUAAGGAAAAGAAUAAAAAUAGUGUUGAAGAAAAAGCCCCAAAAAUCCAGAAAGAAAAAAGUGUCCAAAAACAGAAUUCAUCAGGUCCAAAUGAAGAAAAAUCCAAAACUUUGAAAAAGUCAAACCCGUAUGGAGAAUGGCAAGAAAUUAAGCAAGAAAUUAAGUCUGAUGAGGAGGUAGAUUUGGAACUUCCAAGCACUGACAAUGAGUAUGUAUCAACUUCUGAGGCUGACACUGUGGAACCCAAAGUGAUAUUUAAGGAAAAAACGGUCACUUCUCUUGGAGUUGUGGCAGAUGGAGUGGCUCCAGUCUUCAAAAAGAGAAGAAUUGAAAAUGGAAAAUCUAGAAAUUUAAGGCAACGAGUGUCUGUGAAAUGGUCUUUGGAGGAGUUAACACAAAUCAUUUAAUCCUAAAGGAACUUGCCUCUUGUGGGCCUGACCUAACCAAGUGAGACCGUAAGAAAACAGCACUCUGCUGGUGACAUAUAUAUCACACAUGAAGGAGUGUAAUGUAAGAAAAUUCCUUACUGCUGGCUUUCGGAUGGAGAGGCUAUGUGUCCAGGAAUGUGUAGGCACUGAGACCUGUUUGUGGCUCACUGCCAAGAAGGGAAGGGGGACCUCAGCCCUCCUCAUGUAUGAAACUGCUAAUUGUUGGUUCACUGUGUCAACUUGGAAAGUUUAGUUAAAAGAAGUUUAACUAAAUCAGCUCAGCAGUUCUACACAUUAGGGUAUAGAAGACCUGCCUUAUGGCAGCUCUUCACCUGGAUGGUAUGAAGGAGACUGAGGAAGGAUGGAACUGCUUCUGCUCUUCAGAGGAGGCUCCAGUUUUCGCCUUCAGUUUGGAUGUCAUCUCCUGGUUUCUGGAGCGCAGCCUUGUCAGCUUCCAUGAAUCCUUCAGCCUCCAUCGCAGACCCAUUGGCCUCCUGAUACGGACAUGCAUGGGACACUGCACAGAGCUCCAGACCUUGGACUGAAUCCAUCAGUCUCCACUGUGCAGAUGCCCUCUGCACUCUUCCAGUCAACUUUGUGGGUGGCCACCAUCAGCCAGUCUUGUCAUUUCUUAUAUGCUUGUGUAUCUUGUGCUUUAUGUUUGUCAUGUAAAACCCUGACUGAUAUAGCUAACAAGUUGAGUAAUUUUACAAGUGGGUCUUCCUCAGUCUCCAAAUGGGACUCUGUCAACCCUUUUGAUUUUAGCCUUUGAGACCUAAUAAAAGAAUCUAACCUAAACCAUCCUUGGACUUGGAACCUACAAAACAUUGAGCUAAGAAACUGUAGUUUUAAAUCACUAUUUAUUGUAUUGUAUUAACAUGAUACAUCUUUCUUGCAUUCUUUUACUUUGAUCUUACCUAUGUACUAUUUAAACUAUAUCUCUUGUAAACAGUAAUAUUUGAGUCAUAUAUAAUAAUCCCAUACUGUUUGUUUUUUUAAUUGAAUACUGUUUGUUUUAUCCUCUUUUAUUUCUCUGUUCAUCCCUUUUUGGACUAUUAUCUCAUUUUCUAGUCUUUAAUAUAUAUUUAUUUAGUAUUAUUUUACUAGUUACUCUAUAGCAGUGGUUCUCAAAGUUAUUUUCAUAAUAAUUCUAAGUUGUAAUGUUUGUUUUUCACUUAUUUUUCUUGUGAGUGUAACAUUUCCCAGAAGCUACAUGGCAUGUGAUACUGUAAAAGACUUAAUACAGGACAUAUGUCAAUUCAGCUAUAUUCUAUUAAGCAAUUGUUAUAAACUAAACUGUGCCUCUUGUACAUUAAAGCUCUAACUCCUAAUA